AUGCUGGGAGAACUAAUAUCUCUUCUUAGGAAUCUCCAUGACAUACUUGAUUCCUCAGGUGUCAUCGGAGCAUUGGUGGCUUGGCUGAUCAGCUAUAAGCCAGCCUUGUUUGGGUUCCUAUUCCUUCUGCUGUUGCUUAGCAACUGGCUGGUCAAGUAUGAACUGAAGCCCACCCCCCCAAAGUCCCAGCAGGACAAGAUCCUUGAGCGGCUGAUGGUCAGUGAGAUGAAGCUGAAGGUCCUGGAGAAUCAGAUGUUCAUCUUGUGGAAUAAGCUGAGCCGCCAGGACAGGUGGAGCCGCCGGCGGGCUCUUCCUGCAGGGCAGCAGCACAGGCUGAGGGAGCGCGAGUCAGGGGUCUCCAUCUUCUCCGAGUGCACGUCCCACUCCCCCUGA